CACAAGAGGGAGAGCUGUGUGUGAGCUCAUCCACAGCGCUCUGAGCAGGUAGAGCGAGCACAGGAGACAGAGAGAGAGCGUGCAGGAGGAGGAAAGUGAAAGAAGGAGAGAGAGAGGGAGUCUGUCUCCUCACCUGAAGAUUACUUUGUCUCACACUUCAUUCACCCCGAGUGCUGGAAGGAGCAGCGAGGUAGGAGCUGAGUUCAUCAGGAGUUGCCAGCGCUUGCUCUCUGGUCUUUUUCUUUUCUUUUUUUUGAAUCCCCUCUUGCCUGGUCUUUCCUGCGCAGGGGGUCAGCUGGACUUUUCUCUGCAAGAAAAACCCCACAGUGCAAAGAUUGAGAUAGAAAAACCAACACGUCGGGGAGGAAAGUGAGAAAAUUGCAGUAAAUCCCAGUGUCUGCGAAGGAAAAGAAGUUCAGAGAAGCUCCAAAAGACACCCUGAAGUCACCCAUUGGUUCACAUUUCGGACGGCGCCAUCUUGAGCUUGACAUCUUGAAACCAGGGACACGGCAGACUCACAAGCAGCCACAAAGACGGGACCCGGGAAAUAGCUCCACUUGUGAAGAAAAAGGGAAAAGUCUUUUCAAAUACCACUCCGUGCUUCACGAUGGGAGACCGAGUGCAUCUUCCAGCAGUUGCGCGGACCUUGCUCCCCGUGGCUCUUGGCAUUUUGACCCUUCUGCCUCAUAGCCUUCUGGGUACGCCAGCAGAGGAGGAACACGUAAGGAACUCAGCACUUCUGCAACGGGCAAAGCGAAGCUGGGUGUGGAAUCAGUUCUUUGUCCUGGAGGAGUAUACUGGACUGGAACCACUUUAUAUUGGAAAGCUCCACUCAGACAUGGACAAAGGUGAUGGCUCCAUUAAAUAUAUCCUGACGGGGGAAGGGGCGGGCACCACUUUCACCAUCGAUGACAGCACGGGGGACAUCCACGCAAUCCAGAGGCUGGACCGAGAGGUGAAGGCCCAGUACAUACUCCGUGCACAGGCCCGCAACCGCCUGACGGACAGGCCCCUAGAGCCCGAAUCCGAGUUCAUCGUCAAGAUCCAGGACAUCAACGACAACGAGCCGAGAUUUCUAGAUGGCCCAUACCAGGCGACUGUGCCUGAGAUGUCCAAAAUAGGAACAUCUGUGAUCCAGCUGACCGCUACAGAUGCUGACGACCCCACAUAUGGCAACAGCGCACGUGUGGUCUACAGCAUCCUGGAGGGCCAGCCUUAUUUCUCUGUAGAUGCCAAGACUGGCGUGGUCCGUGUGUCCCUGGCAGACAUGGAUCGCGAGACCAGAGAAAACUACACUGUGGUCAUCCAGGCCAAGGACAUGGGCGGGCAGCUGGGGGGGCUCGCCGGCACCACUACCAUCAACAUCACGCUUAGCGACAUCAACGACAACCCGCCCAUGUUUGACCAAAGGCUGUACCAGAUGAGCAUUCCUGAGUCGGCUCCUGUGGGGUCGGUGGUGGGACGCAUCUGGGCGAAGGACAGGGACAUUGGGGUCAAUGCUGAGAUGAAGUACAGCAUCAUCGAUGGGGAUGGAAGGGACACCUUUGACAUCAGCACCGACCCUACAAACCUCUUUGGCAUCAUCACAGUGAAAAAGCCGCUGAACUUUGAGAACAAGCCAAGCUACACUCUAAAGGUGGAGGGAGCCAACACCCACCUGGAUCCGGCCUUUCGCCACCGCGGGCCCUUCAAGGACGUCACCAUCGUGCACGUGAGCAUAGAGGACGUGGACGAGCCCCCGCAGUUCGACUUGCCGGCGUACUACGUCGAGCUGCCAGAGGACGCAGAGAUAGGGACUAUGGUGAAGACCGUGUCAGCGAGGGAUCCGGAUGCUGCCAACAACACUGUGAGGUACUCCAUCGACAGAUCCAGUGACCCCGACAAGUACUUCUACAUCGAAAUCACCUCCGGGUCACUGAUGACGGUGCGCUCGCUAGACCGAGAGGAAGUCGGCUGGCACAACAUCACCAUCCUCGCCAUGGAGAUGAAUAACCCCACGCAGAUCGCAAGCGUGUCGGUGGCUGUGAGGGUCCUGGAUGUGAAUGAUAAUCCUCCUUCGCUGAUGCACUACCUGGAGGCGUAUGUGUGUGAAAAUGCCAAAGCAGGGCAGCUGAUCCAGACCGUGACAGCAGUAGAUCCAGACGAGCCGCUUGGUGGGCAGCACUUCUACUACAGCUUGGCUCCAGAGGCCGUCAACAACCCUAACUUCACCCUGAAGGAUAACCAAGACAACACAGCGUGGAUCCUGACACGCCGUGGUGGUUGGUCACAGCAAGACCAGACUGUCUUCUACUUGCCCAUUUUCAUCUCGGACGGUGAGCAGCCGGUUCAGAGUAGCACCAGCACGCUGACUAUCCGUGUGUGUAGCUGCGACCAGGAGGGCAACGUCAUGUCAUGCAACGCUGAGGCCUACAGCCUGCCCGCCAGCCUCAGCAGGGGGGCCCUGAUCGCCAUCCUGGCCUGCAUUUUCGUCUUGCUGGUGAUGAUCCUGCUCAUGCUUUCCCUGCGGACCCAUCGUAAGAAGCCCUAUCUGUGUGACGAGGAGGAGAACGUGCAUGAGAACAUCGUGCGCUACGACGAUGAAGGGGGCGGCGAGGAAGACACCGAGGCCUUCGACAUCGCCGCCAUGUGGAACCCUCGUGAGGCGCACCACCACCUGGGCAAGAUGAGACAGGACAUGCUGCCGGAGAUCGAAAGCCUGUCCCGAUACGUCCCUCAGGCAUGCGUCAUGGGCGGCGGCAGCGGGGACAGCAAUGUUCACGGAUACGUGCUGGCGAAGCUCCUGGAAGCUGACAUGGACCCGUGCGCCCCGCCUUACGACUCCCUGCAGACGUACGCUUACGAGGGGGAAGGCUCUGUCGCGGAGUCCCUCAGCUCGUUGCAAUCUGGAACCUCAAACACCGACCAUGAGUACGACUACCUGAAUGACUGGGGGCCUCGCUUUAAAAAACUUGCUGAGAUGUACGGCGUGCUGGAGACAAACAGUCCUCCACUGUGGUAGGACGACGGGGCCUUUUCCUUUACAAACAGACGUAUAAAUUUUUUUUUUUUUUUAAAGAGACAGAAACAACCAAGAAGUGACAACAACAAAGCUGAGAUGUGCUCAUGGCCACAUCCAUGACUGUUAGAAAUCAAAUUCCUGCCGAAGCCUCUAUUCUCCACAGCCUUGCAGGCCUGCAGCAGGUUUUAAAUCUACCCCAGAGACGGGCUUCAGAGGCAGGCCGGAUUUGGCAGCCUCUUGGGGGCCACGCUGAGGAACGGCUUCAAAGCACACACCAACUUCAACUGCCUGACCCAGCCACAGGCAGAGCCCCUUCGAUUCAAGGCGCCGAGCAAUUUAUGCCAGAGAUGAAAACAAGACAGCGGGACUAACUUUGAAAAAGCUGAUCCACCGUUCUGGGCCUGAAGAAUCAAAGCGAGGAGUCGUUGCUGCAGUCGUGUUUUUGUUUCAUCCGUGGCAGGUUUUAAUUUAUUUCUUUGUUCCACUUGCUCUAUUUAUAUGUUCUGCUAAGUUAUUUGGGUCCUUCAAGCCGACACUGUACUUUAAGCCUCUGCCAUGUGAGGAAAUCUUCAAAAGAUCAUGCAUACGUUGUAACAUACAUGAUGUAACUGCCUUUGUUUUCAAUCCGUGUGAGAAGCUGCAUCUCUAAAUGUCACAUGACGUGCUGCGGAGAUGGCGAUGUCGUAGUCCCGUGUGGGGUUUCAGAGUUGAUAUGUUUACUGUAUUAUUGUUUUUGUACCAUUUUUAAGCUCUUUGUAUUGUAACUCCAAAACAUAAAGCAGGUAUCCAUUCAUUAGGAUGAGAGGGAAGCAUUUUAUAAAAAAAUUAAAUAAAAUCUUGGAUUUGUCUUAGUGGAUGUUCAAAUCUCAUCUGAGACAUGCGGCACAGCGGAAAGGACUACACGUGGACAAACGCCCGACUGAGUCGCCUUUCAUUUUGGAUCCACCGCCGUGCCAGCCGGAGUCUGGUGGCAACGAGGCUUGAUCUGUCCUGUUAGAGAUACCGUGUUGCUUUUCUGUCCCCACACAAAUGUGGCUUAAUCCUCCGAUCCUGUGGACUACAGAGACAUUGAGAACCUGCAUCAAGUGCCAACUGUAAAAAGGACAAAUGAAAGACAUUUUAGAAGAAGGAAAAAAAAAAAAAUGCAAAUCACACACAAACACCAAAAGGAUUUUCCAAACUGGGAGAGAUGUGGAGGUAGAUUUUGAUAAUUCAAUUGGAUGGAGUUUACUUGAAAUCUAUGUUGUGAGUCAUGCUACAGUAAGUGGUAUGUGAAUGUAGAUAUUUUUUGUAUUCUUGGUAAUAAAAAGUCAAAAAUG